CCAUCCCUCCGGGCUCAUAUCACAUCAUUCAUUAUUUAUACUCCGAAAUGAGUGAAAAACUCUGCAAAUUUGGGAAUAAUCUGGAGAUUUUUUCGAAUCCUAAUCGUUUGCCUAUAGAGAGACUACAGUUGACUGUGGCAAAAGAUGGAGGAACACAAUCUGUUCCAGCCCUGUCCGACUUUUGGGUGGAGAAUCGAAACUUUCUGCAUUACGAAGAACCGAAUAUUUAUGGCGAUGAUGGAGUGGAAAUCCUGGGAGCCAGAGACAAAUGGAUUAAAAUUGUGGAUUACUUGAAUAAGGAUUUUCAGUGGCUGCUGAGCCUUCCUUAUCACAAAUUCUGGUCAAACAUUAUUCACAACGAAUCCAUACCCAAAUCAAUGUCGAUAUUUAUGGUUGAUUCUCCAACGUUUUACACAAUCGAAAAAUUUCCAAAUGACCAGCAGAUGAUUUCUACCCUUGACAAACUCAGUCGCAAUAUCAUGAUAACAUUCGCCAGGAUAGUAACAAAUAAGGAGAGUGAAUUUGAAUUUAUGGAGAAGGAUUACCACGGAAAGAUAAUCUACGACAAUUACCUGAUCACAGUUCCAAUAAUGUGGGAUAUGUGUCAACUCUACGGUCGAAACAAUGAAAAAGUCGUUGAGAAAAUUCUGAGCAGUGCAAUUAAACUCAAUCCCUCGUACUCCAAGGAUUUUAAACAAGCCGUUGACUUUCUCAUUGAGGUGUUCACACACGUGGAGCAGAAAAUUGAAAAUUCUUUAUCGCAGGACCUCAAUAUGAGUGUAAAAGACAUUGAGGACAUGGUUGUGCAUUUGUUGGACCUCUCGACGUCUAUUGAAGUAUUUUUGAAGAUUUAUUCACCAGCUGUUCAGUUAUUUUCUACCGAAAAUUUCAUUACAAAAUUGGUGUCGAUUUACGGUGGAACUCUCUCCCAGAUUUACAAGCAGCUGGAAUUGACUGGUUAUCAUGAGGGAAAUAUUAUUGACUACGCAGAGACGAAACAUUUUUUGGACAUCACGAGAGUGUCGAUGAUCAAGGUUUUCAGGAAAAUUAUUUACAGAGACAUUGCUCUGAUUCUGGAGCAGGUAGAUCCGUCGAAAGACAAGGAUGUCAGUCAAUGUGUCGACAAAUUCCUGAAUCACUUGACAGCCACUGUCAUGGAGAAAGAAUUCCUCAAGGAUUAUAAUACGUUUUACCCCAUCGAAAUCGACCUAGAUGUCCUCGCCCAAAUAACUUCAGAAAUCGAUCCACUGAAGCAGAGCUUUAUACUCCAGUCUGUCUCUUUGGCCUUGGCAGAUCAAGAUGUACCUGUAAUCGAUCCAUUAAUUAACUGUUUCCAGAGUUCAUCUUCGAACCCUUCAACUUCCCAAGAGAAUCAUCAAGAAAUUUCACAGCCAAAUCACGUGAAUGCGAUUUCUGACAUGGAUAAUGCAGAGGAUAUAUUGCUAAAUCUCAUCAAGGAAGUGAAAGGCAUAAUGUGUGAUUUGGGCGAAGGAUUUAUUGCUCAGUGCCUGAAAUAUUAUAAUAAUAAUCCAUCAGCUGUGAUAAAUGCCUUGUUGGAGGACAAUUUACCUCAGAACCUGAUGGAACUCGAUCGACAAUUGCCUUAUAUUCCUCCAGACUCUAUGGCAGAUUCAGCUGCUGUUGAUGAGGCUCUGGGUUUCCAGCGUCUCAAUAUUUUCGAUGGGGAUGAAUUUGAUAUCAUGACUCGUGAUAGUAUUGAUGCCACGAGAGUUCAUAAAGGCAAAAGGAAAGACAAAUACAAAAAUCUCGAUGAGAUGUUGGACGACAAAACAUUCAAGAACGAAAUGUCGAAUGUCUACGAAAAAUAUGGAGUCGUCGAGGACGUGUAUGAGGACGAAUACGACGACACGUACGACAGCCAGGACGUGGGUCCUGGAGGUGUUGACGACUCUGUGGAGAUUGAUGCGAGGCCUUUCACAAUUCCCAGGAUUUUACGAGUACCAGAGAAACGUGAGGAACGUGUGUCAGAGGACGACAAUGACGAGGAAGAGAUAAGGCCUCAGACGAGUCAAAAUGGAAGAGGGAAUUUCUGUGAGAACCCAGAGGUUUUGAGAGCAAGGGCUGAACAGCGACGUUUGUCAAGAGGUGGAGCUAGGAGACCCCAGGGGGAUGUUGUAGGAAAGCCAAAGGGUCAGGGCAACGAGAAGGACGUUCUCCUCAAUAGAGACAAGAAAAAUAUCAAUAAAUCAUCAAGAGCUAAUCAUAACCGCAGGUCUGGUGCUGAAUGGAAAAGAAGACAGGGCAUGGUUCCAUCUUAAUGAAGACAAUCAUCAACUGUAUCAUAUUCUUUGUAGAUAAUUGGGAAAAACUUGAAGAACAUCAGAUGCCAAUGCAAUACAUUAAAUCAUUAUCAAUAAUAU